GUCAAUAUCAGUCUGGCAUCUUGCUUGGUUGGACACAUUCUGGAAAAGCAGACAAACGAGCCAUUCCCCAGACAAUAAAGGCACGGCAGAGCAGACAGAGCAGACGCUGAGGCCCGAAAAAGAACCCCGCGUCCGAGACUCACGUCGCGGAUCGGUACCCCUGGGUUGCAAUUGGUUUCCGCUGCCCCGCUGUGGCCCUGCCCUGCACCGGCCUGCCCUUUCUGCAUGCCAAAGAUUUUUGUUAGGCAUCCUCGAUAAGCGGCUCUUGUUCACCCACCGCACCGCAGCCCAGACCAUAGUCCGCAGAGCAGAGCAGAGCAGACGGACAACACACGCAUCAACUCACACUGCCUUCCUUUCCCUCUCCUGCCUCGAGGCAAACAACCCGUCCCCCUCUGUAUGUAAAGGCCCGCAUCCUGACGUCAAGAUGGAUGCCUCCGCCAUUCGAAGUUGCAUAAUAGCCACCCUCGACGCCGAUGCCGACAUUCGCAGGAGGGCCGAGUUGCAGCUCAAACAGGCAGAAGAACACAAUGGCUUUCUUGACGCCCUCCUCGACAUCCUCCAGUCUGAGCAGGACACAAAUUACCGCCUUUCCACCGUCAUCUACAUCAAGAACCGUGUCAACCGGGCCUGGGCCGGGACAGACCACUUCCCAAACGAGCAUCCCAUAGCCGAAGAUGAAAAGUCGAGAGUCCGCGAACGAUUACUGCCUAUCCUGGCCUCGUCACAAGGCCUCAUCCGACAGCAGCUCAUCCCCAUCCUGCAGAGAAUCUUACACUGGGACUUUCCCGAGAAAUGGCCCACGUUCAUGGACUUCACCAUCCAACUGCUGAAUACCAACGACCCCCUGUCGGUGCUCGCCGGUCUGCAAUGUUUGCUGGCCAUCUGCCGUGCCUACCGCUUCAAGGCCGGCGACGGGGAGAACAGGACACACUUCGACAAGAUCAUCGAGGCCAGCUUUCCCAGGCUGCUGGCUGUUUCCACCGAGCUCGUGGCUCAGGAGAGCGAGGAGGCCGGCGAGAUGCUACACAUUGCUUUGAAAGCCUACAAGCACGCGACAUGGCUCGACCUGUCCGCCUUCCUCCGUCAGCAACAGAACACUAUAGGCUGGUGCACCGUCUUCCUCCAGACCGUCUCCAAGACGCCUCCCGCCAUUGCCAUGUCAGAUGAGCCCCUAGAGCGCGAACGACAUCACUGGUGGAAGGCAAAGAAGUGGGCGUACUUCAACCUCAACAGGCUAUACAUAAGGCACGGCAACCCGCAGGCAAUUACCAAGAACGAGGGUGAUCAAAUGGCGUUUGCCAACUUCUUCUCCUCGAGUAUUGCUCCCGAGGUCCUCAAACAUUACCUCCAGGAGAUCGAGAAGUGGGUCGCAAAAACGUCUUGGCUGAGCAGGCCCUGUUUGUCUUACACUAUCGUCUUCAUGGAUGAAUGCGUCCGGCCAAAGGAGAUGUGGGCCCACCUCCGACCUCACCUCACCAACCUCGUCACCCAUUUCAUCUUUCCAGUGCUCUGCCUGUCUCAGGAAGACAUCGAGAAGUUCGAGGACGAGCCCGAGGAGUACCUCCACCGGAAACUGAACUUCUAUGAGGAAGUCUCAGCCCCUGACGUGUCGGCAACGAACUUCCUGGUGACGCUGACCAAGAACCGCCGGAAGCAGACCUUCGAGCUUCUGCAGUUCAUCAACAACGUUGUGAGCACCUACGAGUCUGCGCCGGCUGACAAGAAGGACCACAUAUCCAAGGAGGGUGCUCUGCGCAUGAUUGGAACGCUGGCCCCGGUCAUACUUGGCAAGAAGUCUCCGAUCGCAGACCAGGUCGAGUACUUCCUCGUCCGAUACGUCUUCCCAGAUUUCACAAGCUCCCAAGGCUAUCUCCGGGCGCGGGCCUGUGAUACCAUUGAGAAGUUUGAGCAGCUCGACUUCAAGGACCAGAACCACCUGCUCACCAUUUACCGCAACAUCCUGGACUGCAUGGCCGACCCCGCCCUUCCAGUCCGUGUCACGGCUGCCCUUGCUCUUCAGCCUCUCAUCCGACACGACGUCAUCCGCACCAGCAUGCAGACAGCUAUCCCCACAAUCAUGCAACAGCUCUUGAAGCUGGCAAACGAGGCCGACAUCGACGCUCUGGCCAACGUCAUGGAGGACUUCGUCGAGGUCUUCGCUACCGAACUUACUCCUUUCGCCGUUGCGCUGAGCGAGCAGCUUCGCGACACCUACCUCCGAAUCGUCAACGAGCUCUUGGAGAGGAACAACUCGCGGGACGACGACGAGUACGGCGAUUUCCUUGACGACAAGAGCAUAACGGCUCUGGGCGUCUUGCAGACGAUCGGUACCCUGAUUCUCACCCUAGAGAGCACACCCGAUGUGCUGCUGCACAUCGAGGCAGUGCUCAUGCCCGUCAUCCAGAUUACGUUAGACAACAAGCUCUAUGAUCUGUACAACGAGGUAUUUGAGAUCAUUGACAGCUGUACCUUUGCCGCCAAGGCCAUCUCGCCCACCAUGUGGCAGGCCUUCGAGCUCAUCCACCGUACUUUCAAGGCGGGUGCCGAACUCUACCUCGAGGACAUGCUUCCAGCUCUGGACAAUUUCGUUCAGUUUGGCGUCCCGCAGCUGAUUCAGAAGCCGGAAUACGUCGAGGCCCUGUACUCAAUGGUGUCAGAUAUGUUCAAUGACCCCAAGGUCGGCGGCAUUGACCGGAUCUGCGCCUGCAAACUGGCCGAGGCCAUGAUGCUGAGCCUGCCUGGCCACAUUGACAAUUGCGUCAAUGGAUUCAUCAACAUGGCUAUGACGGUGCUGACGACCGAGGAGGUCAAGAUCAAGUCAUACAAGAUCCACCUAAUGGAGAUUAUCAUCAAUGCCAUCUACUACAACCCGAUCCUGACGCUGCAAGUACUUGAGACGAAAGGAUGGACAAAUAAGUUCUUCAGCCUCUGGUUCGGCAGCAUGGAGUCAUUCCACCGAGUUCACGACAAGAAGCUCUGCAUCGUCGCCAUUGUCGCGCUCCUAGGCCUGAACCCAGACCAAGUACCGCCCAGCGUCGCGGUCGGGUGGCCACGGUUGCUCCAGGGUGUCACUUCUUUAUUUAAGACCCUUCCAUCUGCACUGAAGAAUCGCGAGGAUGCCAUGAAGGAUGAUUACGGCCUCGAUGCAAACUACUCGUACGAUGACGAAGAAGAGUGGGGCGACGACGAGGCUGCAUGGACCGCAGAGGAGGAGCAGGAGGAGGAGCCCACAGAUGCCAAGGAUGAAAGCACGGCAUACCUGGAGUUCCUCAACGAAGAGGCACAGAAGUUCGGUCAUCUCGAGGAACAAGAUUCAGACGAUGAACUCGGCGAGCAUAGCGUGCUGCUCGAGUCUCCUCUCGACAAGCUCGAGCCUUACCAGAUUUUCAGUUCUUGCUUGAUGAGACUGCAACAAGAACAGCCACAGUUCUACUCGAACUUGUCCUCUCACUUAUCUGCCGAGGAGCAAGGUGUAAUCCAGUCAGUGGUGCAGCAAGCCGAGGCCAACUCGGUUGCUGCUCAACAACAAGCGCAACAGCUCGCCGCAGGAGCCAACGGUGGAGCCAGCUAGUCCUGUGUCGGUGUGGUUGAGACAGAAACAAUCCUGCGAGAGAAGAACCACGCGGAUGGUGCGCCUCGGGCCGGCUUGAAGCCUCCGGUGCGGCGAUAGGGUCUCUCGCCCUCCUGGGAGGCAGGGCAACCGAGUCAGGCCAAGGCAGUGAGUGUGUUGAAGGCAGCGGCCGAGAGUAGACGCAGCGUCUAGGUGGGCGACGUGCGGCUGGGACAUGCAUCGAAUGAUACCAAAGAAGUAUUUCAAGUGCUGGGGAACCAAAAACAAAAACAAAAAAAUCACGGGGCGAAGGGGGCCUCCUGGGCUUAGCCAUCAAUGGCUUGAUCGUUUCCUAUCAAGUCUUGUUAUAAAGAAGGGGGGACGUCGAAGGGGAACAACAUGGGAAUCCUGUGGCGAUGGCUCUAUCUCUGGCGUGUCCGUUGAACUUUUUUCUUUCUAUGAGAACAUUUCCCCCUAAAGUAUCCCAUCGUCCUCCCCCCAAAAUGGCAUGUUUGGAAAAGAGGAUGAUAUAAGAAGACCUUAGAGCGUGCAAACAUCAUCAACUUCUUCUUAUCUUC